AUGGCCGAUUUACCACCAGAACGAGUAACUCCAUGCUGUGCAUUUCGUCGUGUCGGCGUUGACUACUGUGGACCAUUCUACGUUUCAUACCCUCAACGUCGCGGUCGACCCGUCAAAUGUUUCGUUGCUCUCUUCGUUUGUUUAGUCACCAAAGCAGUACAUCUGGAAUUAGUAGCAGAUCUCUCAACACAAGCAUUUUUAGCUGCACUGAAGCGGUUCUCCUCUCGUCGUGGCAAACCUGAUCUGAUCAUGUGUGACAACGCAAAGAAUUUUGUUGGAGCAAGGAGGGAGAUCGAUGAACUUCGAAAACUAUUCCAGACUCAACGGUUCCAGGAAACAAUGGUGAGAGAAGCUGCUAUCGACAGAAUACAAUUCCGGUUCAUACCAGCUAGAUCGCCAAAUUUCGGCGGAUUGUGGGAGUCUGCAGUUAAGUCGUUUAAAACGUUGUUUAAGCGAACUCUUGGCACACGUAGCUUGGUGUACGACGAGAUGCAAACAAUCCUUGCGCAGAUCGAAGCAAUCCUGAACUCUCGACCGCUGACACCCAUCAGCAAUGAUCCAGAUGAUUUCGAAGCUUUAACCCCUGGACAUUUCUUAGUGCAAAGACCACUGACAGCGAUUGCAGAACCAGACUUGGGAGCUAUUCCGGACAAUCGAUUAUCGGCAUGGCAGAGAGUGCAGCAGUUCACUCAACAAUUGUGGAAAAAGUGGUCGAGCCAAUACCUAUCGGACCUUCACAACAGAACAAAGUGGACCCGAAAAAGAGAUAAUCUAGCAGUGGGCACAAUGGUUGUUCUGAAGGAUGACAAUAUGCCCCCAUUGAGAUGGCAUGUUUGUCGGAUACCAUCACCGGAGACAUCAGUCCAACAACAGCGUGGAGCAGAACAUUUCUACACAACCUCAACGGAGGCACAACAGUUGAUCUAUGCAGUGAACUCAUCAUACGCGAAGGUCCAGUCAGUCCACCUGAGUCCAGUUCAGUACACCAAGAAGCAGCCAUCAUCUAGCUUCAGCCAGCGAGCUGUGAAACUCCGCACAACGCCUAAGUCUGAUAACGAAAUCACUUCGGAAGUCAAAGAAGUCAAAGAAGUCAAAGAAGUCAAAGAAGUCAAAGAAGCCAAAGAAGUCAAAGAAGUCAAAGAAGUCAAAGAAGUCAAAGAAGUCAAAGAAGUCAAAGAAGUCAAAGAAGUCAAAGAAGUCAAAGAAGUCAAAGAAGUCAAAGAAGUCAAAGAAGUCAAAGAAGUCAAAGAAGUCAAAGAAGUCAAAGAAGUCAAAGAAGUCAAAGAAGUCAAAGAAGUCAAAGAAGUCAAAGAAGUCAAAGAAGUCAAAGAAGUCAAAGAAGUCAAAGAAGUCAAAGAAGUCAAAGAAGUCAAAGAAGUCAAAGAAGUCAAAGAAGUCAAAGAAGUCAAAGGAGUCAAAGAAGUCAAAGAAGUCAAAGGAGUCAAAGAAGUCAAAGAGUCGCCUUGA